AUGCCUUACGGUAUGAGACACAUCCUUGUCAUUGUGUGCUACUUCAGCAGGUAUGGCUGGGCCAUACCCACGGAAGGAACCACGUCGGCGGAUGCUUUCAAGGGGUUUGACCUGUGGGUGUCUAACAUGGGGACGAGGCCCCUUGCCUUCUACCUCAACCUGAGGUCCGGGUUUGCAUCGACCGAGACUGUGGAACGAAUGAAGUCACUGGACAUCGCGUUGGUGGUGCUGAAGAAGACGGUGAACCCGCAGCCAGCGGAGACGCCGGUGGAGUCCAUGGACUGGAUGUCUCAGGUGGCAGGGGUGAUGGCGAACUGUCAUCAGCAGACACUAUACGUGUUGACAUCGAGCAAGGCAGAGAAGGCCAAGACUGCACCUAUCCCAGUCGAGAACACCCUCGAACUUUCCGCCACUGCCAUACCCGCAGAGCCGUCUGACGAGAAAAGACACCACCAAACCGUCCUACGCAUCUGCCCUGAAGCAGGCCGCUGCACCCACCCCAACUCCAACUCCGCCAGAGCAAUCUCGUCAAGCCCGCGAAGCCUCACGAAAGCACCGAAGCCAUGCUCCUCGGCCCACUACCUGUGA